AAACAUUCCACGUGCAGGAGAAGGAGCAGGGGGGCUCCUCUGUUUAUUCCCAGUGAUCAGUCAUGAUGGCACUCACUACCCAAGAAGAAACUGGACCCUUUAUUUAAUACGCCACCUGUCCUGGGGCCAAGAACUGCAAGCCUGUGCCACCUUGGAGUACCUGGCUGUCUUUCGUGAAUGAUGUCAGAGGUAUAAGGACACGUAAGAACAGAUCCAGCAGCAAGGAAAGGGGGUGUGUGAAGGGAAGCCUGGAGAAUGAGGAAUGAACCAUGAGGAACAUUGUAUAGGAAGAGUCCUGACAGCUCAGAUCUGCAGGUCCUGAAGACAUGACUUCUGGUUUACCAAGACGGUCUGGAUAGGAGAUCAGAUCAUGUGAGUCCCCAGACAGGAGCUCCACAUCAUGAUCAGGCGAGAUGGGUAUGAAGGGAGACAGGUGGAGCCACUGAUCUGCACCAGCAUUGCCCUUUGCAUCUUCUUGCUCUGGACCACAGAGGUCUCUGCCCUGGCCGACUUCUCAGGGUAUUUGACAAAACUUCUGCAGAAUCACACUGUAUUUGCCUGUGACGGAGAACAUCUGACGCUUCAGUGUCCUCGCCAUUCCACCGUCAGCAUCCAGUCAGCAUUCUAUGGGCAUUCAUCACAGAGCCCUCCAAUGUGUGCCUCAUCUCUAGAAAACAUGCCCAGCCUUCAUCACCCAUGCCUGGCACAAACUGCACUACAGAAAGUCCUGGACGAGUGCCAAAAUCUGAGAUCCUGCCAGCUCCCUGUGAAUAGUCGUGUUUUUGGGAUAGACCCGUGCCCAGGCAUAACCAAGUAUCUUGUGGUGUCAUACAAAUGCAAACCUACUGAAUACAAAUCGACAUCUGUUUGCGAAAACCAUGAGCUGAAGCUUCAUUGCAAAGAGCCCAAGUUACUCAAUAUCUACUCUGCUGUCUAUGGCAGCCUCACCAAUGAAAAGAACCCUUGUGCCAAUGAGUUGGACCGAGGGACCCCAUAUGACUGUGUGUCCUACUCUGCCCUGAACAUGCUGGCACAGAGGUGUUAUGGGAAACAGAGAUGCAGAAUGGUGGUCCAUGAUAAACAUUUCGGAAGUCCCUGUCUGCCUGGAGUCGUGAAAUAUCUUACUGUAAAUUAUACUUGUGUUCCAAAAAUCAUACUGAAAGAGGUUGACCCCAAGGUUUCUUAUAUAAUGCCCCCUACGAAGCUGAACGAUGGUAAAUACGAUAUUAAACCUGACCUUUCAGAAUCUCGGCUUCCCAGCAAAGAUGGACUGUUCUUCAGUGACCUUCUAGCAGCGUAUUCUUAUGUAAGAGAUCAUCCAGAGAGAGCGGCCUUGUUUUUUGUAUGCAGUCUUUGCAUCGGACUGUUCAUCACACUUUUCGCAUUAGUGAUCCACAUAUCCUGGAGAAAGGACUGUCAUAAAUUCCAAAAAGUGAACGGACAAAUUGUGCAAAGAGUAAACUGUGAAGAGACAGACGGAGGCAGCACUGAGGAUGAGGAAGGAGAAGACGAGGCUUCAACUAAGUCUCACUUUUCCCACGAGUUCCGUGAGUUAUGCAAAUCGUCCCGUCCUGUCCAUUGCACAGAAGACGCUGCAGACCUCGCGGAACGUAUAGAACGCAGAGAACAAAUAAUUCAUGAAAUCUGGUUGAACAGUGGAUUGGACAUCCCCCCUAGUCAAUUUACAAUCCCAUUUUUUUAAUGAGUUUCUGUAUGAGACGUAGGGGUGGGGGAACUGUUGUACCCCAGAAGCUGUGGGCCUAUACUCCUCUGACAGUAUACUCUGCCACAGUCAUUGGUGAGACACUUUUUACCAAAAUCUGGUCAUACUCUUCUGUGAAGGGAAAUGUAUUUUAAAUUUUAUUAAGAAGGAAAGAGCAGAAUUAUAAUUUUUAUCUAUGGAUACAUGUGACUUAAGAGUUUGUUUAUAUUUUUCUACGGAUUUAUAUUUAUCAAUGUAAAAUUAUACAGAGGUAUAAGGGGGAAGGAAAGAACUUAAUUCUGUAAAGAUAGAACACUUUAUGUUUUCUUUUUUACUUUUUAACUACAUAGGCGGCAUCUCCUAAUGGGGAAUUUUGCCCUGCUAACCAUGCUACCCUUAAAGUGGCUCCGUCAUGUCUUCUCUCUGAGAGCAGCAUCAAUACUGAACACAGAGAUAUAUAGAUUCUAUGAAGAUGCAUAUUCUGUCCGGACUGCCAAGCCUAAGAGUCCUGCCUCCCCCACCUCAUUAUAGAGAAAGCAUUUGAGUCUUAAUUUACCCAACCAAUGUAUAGAGAGAGCCUGUGAGUCCUGCUUCCUCCAACCACGUAUAAAGAAAGUCUAUGAGCCCUACUCCUUCUACCAACGUAUAGAGAAUGCCUGUUGGUCCUGAAUCCCCAAACUCAUAGAGAAAGCCUGUGAGUCCUGAAUUCCCAAACUCAUAGCGAAAGUCUGAGAGUCCUGAUUUUACCUCACACUCAUAGAAAAAGCCUGUGAGUCCUGCUUCCUCCAACCAAGUAUAGAGAAAGUCUAUGAGCCCUACUCCUUCUAUCUAUGUAUAGAGAAAGCAUGUGAGUCCUGAAUCCCAAAACUCAUAGAGAAAGCCUGUGAGUCUGGAUUCCACCUCACACUCAUAGAAAAAGCCUGUGAGUCCUGAUUCCACCUCACACUCAUAGAAAAAGACUUUGAGUCCUGCUUCUCAAGCCCACUCAUAGAGAAAGCCUGUGAGUCCUGUUUCCUUCACCCAUUCAUAGAAAAACCCUGUGAGUCCUGCUUCUCAAGCCCUCUUAUGGAGAAAGCCUGUGAGUCCUGCUUCUCAAGCCCACUUAUGGAGAAAGCCUGUGAGUCCUGCUUCUUGAGCCCACUCAUAGAGAAAGCCUGUGAGUCCUGUUUCCUUCACCCACUCAUAGAAAAUGCUUGUGAGUCCUGCUUCUCGAGCCCUCUUAUGGAGAAAUCCUGAGAGUCCUGUUUCCUUCACCCACUCAUAGAAAAAGCCUGUGAGUCCUGUUACCUCCUCCCACUUCAAAAACAAGACUGUGACUCUGUGAGUUUCCUUCAACUAUGCAUAAAGAAAGCUUGUGAGUCCUGCUAUGAGUGGGCGGGAGAAACAGGACUCUCAGGCUUGCUCUAUUUCUCUAUAGGUGGGUGGGAAAAGCAGGACUCACAGGCUUUCUCUAUGAGUGGGCAGGAGAAACAGGACUCACAGGCUUUCUCUAUGAGCAGUGAGGAGGAGCAGGACUCACAGGCUGGCAGUAUUUAUAUAACUUUUUAUAUAAAAAUACUGAAUCAAAUUAGAGAAAAUAAUGUAUCCAUGAGUUUAGCAUCUCCUCCUCCAUCAUAUACAGAAUUUUCUUGAUCCCCAAUACAAUUAAACUGCUUUUUUUUUCUUCUAAAUUUGCCAUAAAAAAUAAAAAUGUAUGAGGGUAUUCAGGGCACUCACUUUAUACUGUAAGUCAUCCCACAAUCUGGUAUAAUGAACUCCGGCAUACUUACCAUGUUAAUUCCAUAUCUCAAGAUUUUUACACAUUGAGUUUCAAACAGAAAAAUGCAGAUUUAAUUGCGGAUUUGAUGCAGAUUCAGUCAUUUAUUGUUCACAGGGAAGAAUCUGCACAGAAUCUGUAUCGAGCUUUGACAGUCUUGAAGCGAAUUUCAAAUCCCCAUGGGAAAAAUUUGUGUAGAAAAAAAAUGUGUGCGCAUGGUUGAGGAUUUUCCAUUGAAAUCAUUUUUACUCAGAUUUUCCAUGAACCUUAAAGGGCUACAAACUGUUCCGAACGCUGGAGACGGUGCCGGGAGCUCGUGACGUCAUAGCCCCGCCCCCUCAU